ACGUAGAGAGGGAAAGAGACCCGCCCAGAUCGGAAAGGACAGUGAGGGAGCCAAGCAAAUCCCGGCAGGAAAUCCCACCCAGGAGCAGAAAGGACGGAGGAGCCCUCGGGAUCGGCCAGCCUCCUCGUGCGGUGCUGCUCCUGCCGCCACCGCUGCCAGCUGGCCUGCACGAAUCUGACCCCACCCACAGCUUUUCGGACGGUCUGAGGGCCUGGGGAUUUCUCCGAGGAAAGCCCCGACAGGCUGCAAGCCCCUCAAGGGGGCAGGAGGAAGAGGCUGGCAACCGCUGGUGCUGCCGCCGCCGCCGGAGGGAGGAGCCAGAGGGCGGGGCCGGCAGAGAGCCGAGCUAGACAGGAGCCCGAGAGAAAGAGAGAGACGCGUGAGCGCUCGCAGCCGAGCAGACAAAGGGAGAGCCCUGGCACCGCCCGCGUGGAGGCCGCGGCGUCGGGCAGUGGGCAAGGCGACAGCUGGCGAGCACGCCGGGCACCGCACUCCCUGAUCGCCGGCAGAGCGCUCCCAGGCUGUGACCCCUCCACGCUGGACUCAAAGCUGGGGGAUGGCUCUGCCGACUGCCAGAGAUGAGGCUCCGACCGGCGAUCCUUGAUCUCGGGGAGGAGGACGAAGGAAGACCCUGCUCUACCAGCCCGGCCCCAUCAAAGCGACGAGGACGAGGCGCCGACCUGCCAGGGCUGCGCCGCGCUCAGGUGCUUGUUGUCCCCUGCUCUGUGCUCUCCUCCCCUCCUCCCCGGCCGCCUCUCCACGUGCUGCUGCCCCUUAAGAGGGAGAGUUCCUGUCAGCACUGCCGUUGGCUCCCAAAUGCCCUGACCCAGCGAUGGGAAGAAGUUGGGCUGGGUGCUGGUGUUACUGGUCGUGUCACCCCAAGUAUCCAAGAACUCAGGCACUCAAAGAAGAGAGUGUAUGCCGUGCCCACGAACCUUCCCAGCGCUCUCCCUCCCUCCACUGGGCUCCUUUAGGGGCAAGAACUCCCCCCUCUCCGUGAAAGGCCUAACUUUGUCCCUGCAUCCAGUGAACUGCUUCCAUGGCAACGGCUGCAGAGAGCGUGCAGGAGGCGGCGUGACUAGAAGGGGCUGAGCUGCUGCAGCACAGGGGCCUGGGCUCACACUUCCGCGGCCUUGACUGAAGGAGUGCCAGUGGAGGCACCUGGAUUGCAGUGAGGCCGAGAGCCAUUUUUGGAAAAGGUGAGACUACGUGCAAGGAAAGCAUAGGGGAGAUUUAUGAUCCCACCCACAUGACCGGGCAACAAGGGAAGCAGAGACAAGCUCAUCUGCAGAACUAAGCCUGUUGCUGCCUGUUACAGAAGAGCUGAGAGAGAGAGAGAGAGAGAGUCCCCACCCAGCCAGAGCGGAAGAGGAGCCUUGGCUUCAAAAAAAACCUGUUGGGGGAAACCUCUAGGACCCUCCACCAUUCCCCAGGAGUGAAGAUGGUGAUGUCCCACGGCACCUACACCUUCCUCACCUGCUUUGCUGGCUUCUGGCUUAUCUGGGGGCUCAUUGUGUUGCUAUGUUGCUUCUGCAGCUACCUGCGGCGGCGCAUGAAACGGCGGCAGGAGGAGCGGCUGCGGGAGCAGCACCUGCGCACGCUGGAGAUGGAGCCCCUGCACUACGAGGGCUAUGGGGGCCCUGCCUAUGGGGGCCCUGCUUAUGGAGGCGGCUAUAUGAGAAGCCCACCAGGCAUUGCUGUGCCCCACCGACUCCGCAUUGAGCCGCCCCGCCCCCAUCUCCCGCCCCCGAGACCUUGGAGCUGCAGACACGAGCCGGAUCCAUCGAAGCCCCCUUGCUACGAGGAAGCCGUGCUGAUGGCAGAGCCUCCCCCCCCUUACAGCGAAGUCCUGACCGACACGCGCGGCUUGUACCGCAAGAUCCACGCCCCGUUCCUGAGCCCGGAGCAGCCGGAGAAGCAGGAGCAGCCGCCCAGCUCCAAGCCCCUCUUCCUGGACCGGGGCUAUGGGUCAGCCCUCCACCUGCCCAGCUCGGCCAGCCGGGGCCCCACCCUCUACCUGGAGGCGGAGCACCCGCAGCGCCUCUUCCCCAGCUGGACAGACUCCGAACUCAGCACCAGGGACAGCUAUGAGCCUGGGCCCUGGCACCUGCCUGUCUCCAUGCCUUUGUUUGGCAGGACUACGGCAGUUUAGUACACGCCACGCCGUGCCACGUGGGACUGUGGCUGCUGCGCCGAUGCUGGAGACGACGGGCAGCCUCUUCUCUGGGGCUGUGGGAGCCCCCAAGUCCCUGAGUCCGAGCCUUCCGGCCACGCCCAGGCCACAGGCCUGCACAGUGCAAAGGUCCCCGUUGUUUCUGACCUCCUGGCCAGGGCGGGAUUGGGGCUGGUCUCCCCGUCUCACCCACUCCCCUUUUUCUGGGCCCACUACAGGCUCUGUUGGUGCUGACUGCAAGGGGGCCUCUGGCUUGGCCUAAACUUUGUUUCCUAUUUUUUGUUUGUUACCUUUUGACAAUAAUAAAGUUUGUGGAACCUGA